AUGUUGCCACUCGGGCCUUCGGAGGGCUUCUCGCUGCCCCCAAAGCCCCCGAAGCGGCGCCGCCAUCCGCGCACCGUGUACAGCGUGGCGCAGCUGGAGGAGCUGGAGAGCUUCUUCGAGAACAAUCAUUACCCGUCGUACGAGGAGCGCGAGACCCUGGCGGCCAGGCUGAAUCUGCAGGAACAGCAAGUGCAGGUGUGGUUCCAGAACCGUCGGGCCAAACACACUAGGCUGCAGAGAGGAACCGGAACCAGCCGGCAGGGCCCCAAAGCCCGGGCUUCGUCCCAGAGCCCAGGAGUCUGCGCCUCCGCGCCUGCGCCUGCGCCAGCCGCUGUGGGCCCCGGGUUGCCCGAGGACCCGGAGUUCGCCUCGGGUCCUGGGAUCGCUGAUGAGCUUGAAUUGCCUUGGGAUCCUGGGUUAUUCCAGAACAUUGAAUUGCCUUGGGAGCUUUUGUUUUCCGAGGAUCCCAUGCUUUCCGGGAGUUCUGUGCUUCCUGGGGGCUCAGGUUUCGAGAACCCCUUGGGAGGCGUCGCAGCGGCAGAGCCCAGCGCCUCCAGCCACGUGCAGGCCUGGCAAGAUCCCGCUCAGGACGCCCAGAAUCCGGUCCCGGCUGCACCGGCUCCGGGUCCUGCUCUCGCUCCAGCUCCAACUUCACCUCCGGCUUUGGCUCCGACUCCACCUCCAGCCGCAGCCUCCAUCUGGGCUGAGGACUCUAACGUCGAUGAUUUCUGGUCCCACCUUGACCUCACUGAUCUGCUGUCCCUGUAA